AUGCUUCAAUCGGGAAAUGAAAAAAUAAAGUUCGCUUCCAUCCAAGAGGUGGACUAUAAAAGUCCGGUGGGCAAGAGUAAGAAAUAUACUCUUAUUAACGCUAUCCAACCAUUAGAGUGGUAUUGUAACAAUGAUAGUGAGACAGGUUACCAACAAACUAUCAACAACAAGAGUGAUGGUAUUGUCAGCAGUGGUAUAGGUUUAUUCAAAGCAGUGAAGAAAUCCAUGGAGACAAGAGUCGAGACUCAAACAUUGUAUUUUACUGACUUACAAUCUGGGUUAUGCGGAUUUGUACAAUUACUCUAUUCCACAGUAAUGGGUGGUAUCUAUAAGGGCUUUCAGCUAAAUUUCAAGAUUUUUAGUUCAGAAAAUAACAAUAACGAUUAUGAUGUUUGGGAAAGUUUUAAGUUGAAUGACAUAUCUGAAUUCAAACCAUUGAAGUUUGUUUCUAGAAAUGUCAUUUUCGAAUUUUUGGACAACAAGGAUGAAAACUUGGGAUCUAUUGGCCAAUUAUCUGUCAAAUGUGAUUUGCCCACUUGUAACAAUACGAUUCAAAACUUGAAGAUUGACUUGUUGAUAGAUUUAUUUCAAGGUUUCAAAAUGAAUCCUAACGGCUGUAAUUACUACUUUGACAAAGAGAUCUCUGCCACUGGUGAACUCCUUUCCUCAGACAAAAUGAUUAGACACGUCUUCGUCCCCAAAGGUAGUUGUAAUGGCCAGAUUUCUUAUGACAAAAAAUUAAAUAACGGAAGCUUCCAAAGUAAAGUGAUCGAAUUAACCGAUGUCCCUGUGGCUUAUCUAGACGCCGUUCAAGGUCUUUUACCAAAUAAAGCAGCUAGUAAAUGGAACUUCUUAUGUUUCCACAGUGAAAACUACUCCAUUUUGGCUAUAGAAUUCACUACUCCUCAAGAACAUGAUAAUGUCACAGUAACAGUAUGGUCCAUAUCUGAGAAGAACAAACUGACCGCUAUUGGUUCUUCCGUCCAAAGUCCAAAACGUCACGUGCGGUUUCGGGCUACUAGUACAGAUAAAGAAAACGGCUGGAUAUAUCCAACUUCCAUCAAAUUUCCCGGUAGAUUUUCAGAGCAUAAUUUGAGGUUGGUUAAUAGAUACGAUGUUCUUGGUGAACUGCCAAGCAUGGUUAGAUCGCUAGCUCAGAAAAUCGUCAGCAUUAAUCCUUUCAUUUACCAAUAUUGCCAACCUUCUAAAUUCAAACAUGAAAAGGGUAUUUCAAUCAUUGAGAGUACCUUUAUCAGUUGA